UCAUUGUUUCUAGAAACAUUUUGUUAUGGAUAUGUCGGUGUUAUAGUUAUACGACGUGGCCACAGAUCCAAUUCAGUAGCAAGACAUGUGUCGCAAAUCUUGUCCUUAUGGAUCACAUGAUAACCAUCCCAAAUACGCGUGUCAGGCUCCCAACGGAACAUUCGAAACCUAAUCUUGUUAGUUUCGGCUAUUCGAUAACUCAGCCAUGUUCACACAUCCUCGUACUAUCUUCACACAUCAACAUUUCCGAAAACCUCAGAAAAAUCAAUGGCAGAGUUUCAUCUUCCUUCCGAGAUCGACAACGAAGCAGAAGAUUUUGAAGACAACACUAAUUUCAUCGAUGAGGAGUACCUCAACUACCUUCAUUACAUGGCUUCACGGAGCAACCAUGGACAUGAGACGUUUGGGUCUUACGAUGAAAUCUUUGGUCGAGUGUUGGGAAAUUCGUCUUCUACACGGCGGCAGGAAACGGCGGAGGAACUUCCGGUGGUGGAGUUGACGGCUGAGGAACUGAUCGAUAGAGGUUUGGUGGUUUGCGCCAUCUGUAGAGAGGAGCUUACUGCUAAUGAGAGACUCUCUGAGCUUCCGUGUAGCCAUUGUUAUCACAAAGACUGUAUCUCGAACUGGUUGAGUAAUCGGAACACUUGUCCUCUUUGCCGUCACAAUGUUAGAAACUAGUUAGGUUGGGUUUUCUUGAAUCUAUUUUUGGUUGAAGUUGAUCAAAUCUUUAUUGUACCUUGAAUAUGUCACAAGAAAAAUCGAGUGAACUAGCUUUCCUCUCUAUCCAAAA